ACAAACCCACGUGUGUGGUGUGCUGUGUGUUAAUAUUAAGAUGUCUCCUUAGUCAGCUUGUUAGUGACAUUUGCUACAUAUUUUCAACUGCAUAAUGAAAUAGAAUCAACGAAAAUGCAGGUUUCAAAUCCAAAUAACAUAAACAUCUACAAUCUAAGCGCUGGUAAAUCACUUCCUGAGUGGCUUUCUGACAGGAAGAGGAGAGCUUUACUCAAACAAGAUGUUGACAUUCGACGGAGGAUAGAGCUGCUCCAGGAUUUUGAGAUGCCAACUGUUAGUCAUGGGGUACAAGUCACUUCAGAUGGACAGUAUAUAUGUACAACAGGAACCUACAAGCCAAGGUUUAGAUGUUAUGAUGUCUCUCAGAUGUCUCUCAAGUUUGAACGUGGACUGGACUCUGAUGUUGUUAAGUUCUUAUUAUUGGAUAAAGACUAUUCAAAAGUCAUCUUCCUACAAUGCGACAGAUAUAUAGAAUUCCAUUCCCAGGAUGGACGAUACUACAGACUGCGUAUACCCAAGUAUGGCCGGGACCUUGCCUACCAUAACGCUACCUGUGACUUGUACAUUGGAGGAGUUAGUUCCGAAAUCUACAGACUGAAUCUGGAGCAGGGCAGGUUCCUUAAUCCACUUGUGGUUGAUGCUGAAGAAGUCAACUGCUGUCGUUUUAAUCCCUCAAACUACCUUUUGGCUUGCGGGACAAGCAUGGGUACAGUGGAGUGCUUUGAUCCACGUGUCAGAACUCGAGUGGGCGUGCUGGACGUAGCCCUCAGUAAACAUGUUGAUGAUUUGGAAACCUUAGAAAUCCCAGCUGUGACAGCACUGAAAUUCCGUGAUGGCUUGAACAUGGCUGUAGGAACAAGUACCGGUCAUGUAUUACUGUAUGACAUGAGAUCUGACAAACCACUGCUAGUUAAGGACCACCAGUAUGAGCUGCCAAUCAAGUCCAUCGAGUUCCAGGAAUCCAUGGAUAUUGUGCUGUCUAUGGAUACCAAGAUUUUGAAGCUGUGGAAUCGAGAAACUGGGAAAGCUUUCACAUCUAUUGAGCCUGGUACCAACUUGAAUGAUCUAUGUUUGUUACCCGAGUCUGGCAUGAUCUUCAUGGCUAAUGAGGCACCAAAGAUCCUAAGCUACUAUAUCCCAUCUCUAGGGACUGCACCAAAAUGGUGUUCAUUUCUGGACAAUAUGACUGAAGAGUUGGAAGAGAACACCGCUGACAUGGUGUAUGAUGAUUACAAGUUUAUCACAAGGAAGGAGCUGGAAGACUUGGGUCUGGUUCACCUCAUAGGUUCCACCAUGCUGAGGGCUUACAUGCAUGGCUUCUUCAUCGACAUCAGGCUUUACCACAGGGCAAAAUCCAUGGCAGAACCAUUUGCAUAUGAGGAAUAUCGAAAGAAAAAGAUUCGUGAAAAAUUGGAAGAAGAUCGGGCAAACAGAGUACGCUCCAAGAAACUUCCAAAGGUCAAUAGAGAUCUUGCAGAAAAACUAAUAACAGCUAAAGAAGAGAUGGCAACCACUUCAGCCAAGAAAAGACGGGCAAAAGAAGCUGUCAGUCUUUUGGAGGAUAACCGUUUCAGCGAGAUGUUUACAAAGUCGGACUUCCAGAUUGAUACCUCUACAGAGGAGUAUCGACUCCUGAACCCUGUCAUCUCUAAGCUGGACAAGGCAGUGAAGCGUAAACAGCAGAGUCAGCUUGCUAAUCAGUAUGAGGAGGUGGAGGAGGAGGAGAUUGAGGGACGUGCAAGCGAGGAUGAUAGUAGCUCUGACGACGAACAUGUGUGGACAGAUGAUCACAAGCGUGACUACCACCAGGCAAAACGUCUUCAGUAUGAGCAGGAUCGCCAGGACAGAUUGGAGAAUAAGGAACUGAGCCAGCCAAAGUUCUACCAGCUUAAAGAAGGACAAGACGCUAACAAAAAACAGGAUAAGCAAAAGAGAAAGGAACUCCGGAAAAGCCUUGCAGAAAGGUUAGAAAGUUCACAUGACAAGUCGAUCAUCAAGGAAUCAGGAACCAGAGGCAAUAAAGAAAUGACCUUCAGAUGGAAAAAGAGUGAACGUGAGAGUAGACGACAGAAGGCAAACAAAGAGCAUUACGAGGAAAGAAAGAAGUUACGGCGUACAGCAGGCGAAAUAAGCAAAGGGUUCAAGGACAAACCAAAGUAUUGGAUGGGAAAGAAAGUGACAUGAUGACAUUGAUAUUAAUGGAAAUACUCUUCAGUAGAUAUAUUGCAUUAUAUUUAGAGGCAGCAUGUUUAAACACUGAGUUGUAAUAAAUCACAAAUACAUCGAUUGGAAACCUAACUGACAGGCAUGCACCUCGAAAGCUUGAUGGUUGCGUCUUCACCCUGAAAGAAGUCAUCAUACAUGUGUAUAUAUAAUAUGAGAAGUAUUUUCCGAAGUUGUGUCUUGUUGUAUGGUGUAAUAAAUGACUGAAAAUCAUGUUAUUUAAGCCAGCCUUUAGAGAUGGUAUACUGUAUGUUAUUAUAAACAUGUUCAAAAUGUUGCCAUCAUCAAUGGAGAAUAGAAAACAAUCUUAAGUCGCACAUAUUCAGGGCUAAAAUCAGAUGCAACUUAUUCUACUUUGUUAGGGAUCCAGCUCAUAAAGUUGAGAGCAAACCCCAAGUAAAGAAAAGUGACUCCAAUGAUUUUCAAUAAGCACAAUAUUUUCCUAGAGCAUAUGGAUUUUAAUUUUGCUCAGUAAGGAAUUGUGUAAAGGUUCCUAUUAGAAGACUUAUGCCUUUAAAAUGGCCUUACUGUGGCAGGACAGUUACCCAUUCCAGCCCUUGGUAUUAUUUUCUCACCUGCCUGAAGUCUGUCAAUAUUUCCCUUUAAACAACUUCUCAAUAACCAUGAGACACGGAGAUUGGUUUGUUCAAAUGACUGACCUUGACCUACAAUGUACAAACAACUUAUCCUGGAUACCCAAAGGGACCAGGGAGUUGAUCUUUAGUCUGUAGCAUACUGGGAUGAAGGGCUACCUAGUCUGUUCAAAUGAAUGAUCUUCACCUGCAUUCAAGGUCACAUGGGUCAAAAAGGCAAACAUUUUUAAACACCUUCUUCUCGAAAACCAAGAAAUCUAUGCUGUUGAUAUUGGGUUUGCCGCAUGCUAGGGUGAAGGGCUUCCAAUUUUGUUCAAAUGAAUGACGUUGACUAGCAUUCAAGGUCAUGGGGUCUAAUAGGCUAAACUCUUUAAAAGACUUCUUCCCAAUUAUGAAGAAUCCUUGGAACAUGCUAUUUGACCUGCAGCAUGCUUGAAUGAAAGACCUUGACCUACAUUUAAGAUCUACAUUUAAGUUCACAGGAGUCAAAUAAGCUCAAAUCUUUAAACAAUAAUUUCUCAAUAACCAAGAGACUCCGAGACGUGAUAUUGGGCCAAUAGUACGCUGGAAUGAAAGACUAGAAAAAUUUAAUUGACAUAAAUAAAUUUUAGCCUCCUCAGAUAACAAAGUGGUAAUCACUAUAGUAGCGGCAAAAAAUAUACAAGAUCAACUUCAAAGUUGCUUUUGAACCAGGUGAGCGAUACAGGCCCAUUGUUUCUACAGGAUAUUUAUUUUAGUGAAAGUACCAAAUAUUGGAUUCUAUGUUAUCAGUGCAAAAUGUUUAGUUCUGUGACAAUAACAGAGAGUGGUAUUAGGUUUUUAUAAAAAGUUUAAAUUUACAUUGUCUCUCAUGCAGUUUACUUUUUUAUACCAAGGUAUGGCUGGAGUUUGAGGAAUUGGAUAGUUUCCAAGGCUUCAACUUGUCAUCAUAUUUAGUUGUUAUCCAGUAUCUGUAUUUGAAUGAAGCACCAAUAAAAUCAUAACAAAAAGUGUU